UUGGCUCUCACAGUGCAAGCCUUGGAGUCCCAAUGGGGGACUCAGGAUCAAGACGAUCUACCCUGGUCUCCCGGUUGCCAAUAUUCAGAAAAAGUAUUAGCAGAAGACAUGAUUCUCUUCCUUCCUCACCCUCCUCCAGUAAUACGGUUGGUGUCCACAGUUCCUCUCCUUCUAGCACUAACUCAAGCUCAGGUAGCACAGGUAAACGCAGGAGCAUAUUCCGUACUCCUUCCAUUAGUUUCCACCAUAAGAAGGGGAGUGAACCUAAGCAAGACUCUACCAACCAGAACCUUAGUAUUUCAAAUGGUGCUCAAUCUGGUCAUAGCAAUAUGCCAAAACUGAGUUUGGAAGAACAUAUUAAAACCAGGGGAAGACAUUCUGUUGGUUUUAGCAGUUCACGGAAUAAGAAGAUAACAAGAUCUUUAACAGAAGAUUUUGAAAGGGAAAAGGAGCACUCAACUAAUAAGAAUGUUUUUAUAAAUUGCCUAAGUUCUGGCAAAAGUGAGGGGGAUGAUUCUGGAUUCACAGAGGAACAAACUCGCCGUUCUGUUAGGCAGUCAACAAAGAAGCUACUUACUAAAUCCUUUUCAUCUCAUUAUAAGUUUUCUAAAGCAGUUCCACAGAGUCAAUCCAUUUCAUUGGUACAACAGUCUGGAUUCUCAUUGGAAAUUACACAGUACCAAGAGAGAGAACCUGUAUUAGUAAGAGCUUCUCCAUCUUGUUCUGUGGAUGUAACAGAACGGGCAGGAAGUUCUUUACAGUCUCCAUUGCUUUCUGCUGAUCUUACAACAGCUCAGACACCUUCAGAAUUUUUAGCCUUGACUGAAGAUUCUGUGUCUGAAGCGGAUGCAUUUCCUAAAAGUGGAAGCAUGGCAUCCCACUGUGACAACUUUGGCCACAAUGAUUCUACCUCUCAGAUCUCUUCCAAUCCUGCUGCUGUUACAAAGACAACAAUAGACCUUAUGGGAACUGUUCCCUGUGCAAUUAUGUCUCCUGGAAAAUACAGAUUAGAAGGCCGGUGUAGCACUGAAUCUAAUUCCUUAUUAGAAACCUCUGCUGCUAAUCAGAAGGAAGUGUUACUGCAAAUCACCGAACUACCUGUUAUGAAUGGGAACAACUCAGAGACUCACCUAUCAGGAGAUAUGCAAAGAGAAGAACAUAUGGUAGUACAAAAUGGUGAAACAAUGUUGGCGACAAGCUCCCCAAGGAAACUUGGAUUUUAUGAGCAACAUAAAGCAAUAGCUGACCGUGUUAAAGGGAUUCAUCCUGUUUCAGAUUCAAGGAUAAUACCUUCUUCUGGUGAUCAUCAUAUUUUUAACAAAACAGCCUGUGGAUAUGAGUCAAACCCUGCCAAAGUUCUUGCCAGUAGCUUCAGUCCAUAUCGUGAAGGAAGAUUUAUAGAAAGGCGACUGCGAUCCUCUUCCGAAGGAACUGCAGGGAGCAGCAGGAUGAUUUUGAAAUCAAAAGAUGGAAAUGUAGAAGAAGUGAGUAGUUUAAGAAAGCAAAGAGCAGGUUCAUCAUCUUCAAAAAUGAACAGCAUGGAUGUUUUGAAUAAUUUGGGAUCUUGUGAACUGGAUGAAGAUGACCUAAUGCUUGAUCUAGAAUUUUUAGAGGAACAGAAUCUUCAUCCUUCAGUGUGCCGGGAGGAUUCAUACCACUCCGUAGUUUCAUGUGCUGCUGUGGUUCUCACUCCUAUGGAACCAACGAUAGAAAUGAAGAAAAGAGAAGAACUAAAAUUUCCUGAACCUGCCAAACAGAAUCUUUCCCUGAAAUUAACAAAAGACAUUGAUCAGGAAGUCAGAUGCUCCCAUAUCAGCCGAAUGCCCAGCAGUCCAUCUGCAGACCGGCCCCUGCAAGGUGUGGAAGAAAAUGGAGGCCUCGAUUCUUUGCCCUUCAGACUGAUGUUACAGGACUGCACAGCCGUCAAGACGUUAUUAUUGAAGAUGAAGAGAGUCCUUCAAGAGAGUGCAGAUAUGAGCCCAGCAAGCAGCACCACUUCACUUCCUGUUAGUCCUCUUACUGAAGAGCCAUUGCCUUUCAAGGAUGUAAUGAAAGAUGAAUGCUCACUGCUGAAGCUGCAGCUGAAAGAGCGGGACGAACUCAUCUCCCAACUUCAGGAAGAGCUGGAAAAAGUCCAGCAUUUACAGAAGGCUUUUGCUUCAAGAGUAGAUAAAUCCACACAGACUGAACUUCUAGGCUAUGAUGGUUUGAACCUGAGAAGACUGGAGGCAGUACAGGGAGGGAGAGAGCCUACAUAUCGAAAUCGAAUUGUGAGCCAAAGUCUCAGCACAAGGGACAGAAAAGCAAUGCAUACUCCCACCGAGGACCGUUUUAGAUACUCAGCAGCUGAUCAGACAAGCCCCUACAAAAGUAAGACCUGUCAACUAUCAAGUCUCUGUUUAAGUAAUUUCCUGAAGGACAGGGAACUAGUGGAAGUUAUAAAACACUCCAGAGGAACUUAUGAAACCCUCACAUCAGAGGUCACCCAGAAUUUACGGGCUACGGUAGGGCAGAACUCUCUGAGGCCAGCAGUUAAGACGGAAGGGCCCUCCAUGUUCUCUGAGAAACCAAAGGACCAAGCUGCUGUGACCCGACAGCAUUCAACUUUUACAGGACGGUUUGGACAGCCACCAAGAGGGCCAAUCUCUUUACACAUGUACAGCAGAAAGAAUGUUUUUCUUCACCACAAUUUACACACCACUGAACUGCAAACUCUAGGCCAGCAGGAUGGAUAAUUAAAUCACCCUAUUCCUGUCUCUCAGUAGGAUAAGGAUGGUUAGUGUUUCUCGUGCAUAGCUCAUGUUUAAAUUGUCAUAUUCUUACUACUUUUUUAGUUAUAAACAAAUUGUAUACUUUUUUUUUCUUUUUUUUUAGAAUGAGGGUUCAGGCAUGUUAAUUGAAUUAGGUUGGAUAGCCUUGAAGACUUUAUUAUAUAUGUGUAUAAUAAAUGGGACCAUCUUGUUGGUUUAUAUAGACCAUAGUUUAUUUAUCUUUAUCAGUCACUGAUAUGCAUUGAAAUUUCAGAAGGUAAUAUCAAAUAGCACUCUGUUCACUUAAUGGUGUUACUGUGAAAAUAGACGUGAGGAAUAAAUAGAUAAAGGAACUGUAAAGAAUUUUAAAUUACAUAGUUAAUAGAAGGAGGAGAAAAAGAAGGAUUUGAAAGUCUUAUAUUUGAUGUGUAUUUAUUUGAAGAAUGAAGCUUGCUUGCAUGUAACCUAGAGGUGCAUCUGUCUCUCUAUUACAUACAUUCAAGCUUAUCUUGCCAUACUAUUAAGGGGGAAAUGGCUAUUUCUUUUAUCCUCUAAAUGUUUAGUUCACACUGGUUCACAAAGGAUUUCAGACUGAGUAAUUGCUAUCCAAAUAGAGAAUGACAGCUCUGAUCUUUGAAAAAUUUUGCUUUCCGUUUUGCUAUGGAUGUUGAAGUAGUAGGACAUAACACGUUGAAGUGGUAAAGUUGGGUGAGUUUUGUCAAAUGAUGCAUAAAGCAUGACAUGUUAUAUUCCGAGUCACUGUCAUAGCAAUAUCAGCAUUUUUUUUUAAUCUGAAGUAUAGGUCAUUCUAAGAAAACUUUUAUUUCACUUU